GAAUCUACAAAGGACAUUGCUUCCGAAUCAACCACUUCCCUGAAGACAAUGACUAUGACCACGACAGCUCAGAAUACCUUCUCCGCAUUGUCCGUGCCUCCAGUGUGUUCCCCAUCCUAAGCACAAUAUUGCUGUUGCUGGGAGGACUCUGUGUUGGAGCAGGAAGGAUUUACAACAGCAAAAACAACAUUAUUCUCAGCGCUGGGAUUCUCUUUGUUGCAGCAGGACUCAGUAAUAUCAUAGGUAUCAUUGUCUACAUAUCAAGCAAUGCAGGUGAUCCAAGUGACAAACGAGAUGAGGACAAAAAGAACCAUUACAACUAUGGUUGGUCUUUUUAUUUUGGAGCCUUGUCUUUUAUCGUGGCCGAAACCAUAGGUGUUCUGGCUGUGAACAUUUAUAUUGAGAAGAACAAGGAGCUGAGGUUUAAGACCAAGAGGGAAUUCCUUAAGACUUCUUCCAGUUCUCCUUACGCCAGGAUGCCAAGUUAUAGGUACAGGAGGCGGAGGUCCAGAUCCAGUUCUCGGUCUACAGAGCCUUCUCCAUCUAGAGACAUUUCUCCCGUUGGCAUGAAGAUAGCAAGCACCAUUCCCAUGAACGAAAUUUCCAUGUACACUCUUACAGCUGCCAGCUACAAUGCAGACCAAGAGGCCAGUUUUCUGCAGGUUCACAACUUCCUUCAGAAGGAAUUUAAGGAAGGACUCCACGUCAACAUGGUCAACAGGAGAACGACGCCUGUUUGAAGUACCUUCCUUCCUCACGCUUUUUGAAGAGAUAUUGAAAUAGAACGGAUCUGUCAUGACAGAGAAGGAGUGAUGUUUAAAUACCCUCUCACCUCUUUAGUUGUGGAAUGUGUUGAGGUAACAAGUGGAGAUCCUCCCUCGGGACCAACAUAAAGAUGCUACACGCUCGUAGCUUUUUUUGAAGCUAUUCGGAGUUUGUUUCUUUCAGUUCUUGGUGUCACGAGAUGAAGGCAGUUCACGUUCCUGCACUUUUGUAGUGUGUACAAAGUCUUGGAGAAACUGCAAAGGACUUGCCACCAGUGUGUUUUAAAGGAUUACAGAAAAAUUGUUGUACGACUUUUUUUCUAAUAUUGAAAUCCCUUAAUACAAACUUGCAGAUAU